CUUGCGUUUGCUGAACCGAGAAAAAAGAACAUCAUAAGUCAACAUGUCGACUGCCACGCCGCAUUGCCACGCCUCGACGGUCGAACAGGAUGGCCUCGUCUACCAGACAGGUUUGGGGAAUCAGUUCGAAAGCGAGUGCAUUCCUGGCGCGCUGCCCCGCGGUCGCAACAACCCGCGCAUGGUUCCGUUUGGAUUGUACACGGAACAGCUUUCGGGAACGGCCUUUACGGCACCGAGAGCGGAAAACCGCCGGGUUUGGUUGUACCGGAUUCAGCCCAGUGUCACUAUUGGUGCCGCCGAAUCGCUCCCCCAGGAACCGCAAUUUGCGGGUGGUUGUGAUCCGCGGGCCUGUGAAGCCGCGAUAGAUCCCUUGCGGUGGCACCCCUAUCCCGUCGAUGGUGCGGCUGGUGUAGAGUACGACUUUGUGUCGGGUUUGAAACUGCAGUGUCACGCGGGAGAUCCAGCCAUGCGAGAAGGACUCGCGAUAUACCUUUACAGCUUCGGCACCAAUAUGAAAGACCUACAGACGCAUUUCGUCGAUCACGAUGGCGAGCUGUUGAUAAUGCCGCAGCAGGGGUCGUUGGACGUUUUGACGGAGUUAGGACGCUUGAUCGUACAUCCCACCGAACUCGUGGUGAUUCCUCGCGGCGUUGUGUUUCAAGUCAAUCAUUUCGAGGGCGAGAGCAAGGGCCCCAUCCCAGGCACAUCUCCGACGGCAACAGCACGAGGCUACAUGCUGGAAGUAUACAAAGGCGGAUUUGCCUUGCCGGAGCUGGGACCGAUUGGAUCGAACGGGCUCGCCAAUGCUCGAGACUUUUUACACCCAGUAGCCUGGUGCGUUGCGCAAAGCGACUACGAGAAACCGUGCUGUAUUGUGGCCAAAAUGCAGUCCCAACUCUACGCCAAAUCGUCCACACAUUCGCCCUAUAACGUGGUGGCCUGGCACGGCAACUAUAGUCCGUACAAAUACAAUUUGGAACGCUUCUGUGCCGUCAAUUCCGUCACGUACGAUCACCUGGAUCCCAGUAUCUACACCGUUUUAUCCUGCCAAUCCGAACACGUGGGAACGGCCUUGGCCGACGUUGUACUGUUCCCACCUCGCGUUUUGGCGACCGAUGCCAACACACUGCGACCACCCUGGUUUCACCGCAACGUCAUGUCGGAGUACAUGGGACUGCUGUACGGUUCGUACGACGCCAAAGUGUCGUCGGGUACGGACGGUGCUGGUGGUUUUGUCCCGGGCGGUUCCAGUUUGCACAACGCCAUGGUCCCGCACGGCCCGGAUGCGGCGACCUACGUCCGCGCCGUGGCGGAUCCCUGUGACGCUCCCGUUUUGCUUAAUCGCGGUUUGGCGUUCAUGUUUGAAACGUAUCUGCCACUCCGGGUCAAUCCACAAGCCUUGCGGGACGAAGCGUGGCGAGAUGUUGACUACACCGCGUGUUGGCAAGAUUUGACGGCGGCAGAUUUUACCGGAUGGGACUGGGUCAACGGUACGGUGGGGACGACACGGGAGGAAGACGAUCGGUAGCGAAGGGUCGAGACGGCGUAUCACGCUGUCAAUGGAGGAGUAUGCGUGGGUUCUCAUUUCCACCGGCACGGAACGAAAGACUACCGUUUUGAAUGCGGCUUACGAGUGCUCACAGUCUGUGAACGAACAUUAAUUUCGCAUACAUAUAAAAAUCGACGUUACCUUGUGC